CGGAGGAGAACGGACCCGCCCCUCCCCGCUUCCUCCUCCGCUCCCAAACUCCGGCCUGCCCUUCCCCGGCUGCCGCCGCCUCCUCCGCUCUCUCCGCUGCACUGAAAACGCCUGGCGCGGACUCCCCAGUGCCCGGGUCCCGCCGGCCCCGCAGCGCAGCGCAGCGCAGUGCAGCGCCCGGGCGACUGGCCCCGCGCGCGCUCCCGCCAGCGCCGCCGCUCUAGCACGCGCGCCCUCGCACUCCGGGCAUGCGCGGUGGGCGGCGCCGCUCCGGGCCGCCUCUGCCGCCGCGAGUAGGAAGCGCGAGCGCCGGGCGCCGGGCUGUCAGUGAGCGUGGGGCCAGCGAGCAAGCCAGCGGCUGCGGCUCACUCCGCUCCGCUCCGCGCCCCGCCGGCCCGACUCUCCCCGAUCGCCGCCGCUGCGCCUCCUUGCAGCGACCUCGGCCACCGGCCCGCGCCCCCCGCCCAGGGUCGCUCUCGGCCCGGCCGCCCCUCCCCCGCCCGCCCCCGCCCACCCCGGCCCUCCCCGGCUGCUGCUCCCCCGCGGAGGCAAGAGGUGGUUGGGGGGGACCAUGGCUGACGUUUUCCCGGCCAACGACUCCACGGCGUCUCAGGACGUGGCCAACCGCUUCGCCCGCAAAGGGGCGCUGAGACAGAAGAACGUGCACGAGGUGAAGGACCACAAAUUCAUCGCCCGCUUCUUCAAGCAGCCCACCUUCUGCAGCCACUGCACCGACUUCAUCUGGGGGUUUGGGAAACAAGGAUUCCAGUGCCAAGUUUGCUGUUUUGUGGUUCACAAGAGGUGCCAUGAAUUUGUUACUUUCUCAUGCCCGGGUGCAGACAAGGGACCCGACACUGAUGACCCCAGGAGCAAGCACAAGUUCAAAAUCCACACUUAUGGGAGCCCGACCUUCUGUGAUCACUGUGGGUCCCUGCUGUACGGACUUAUCCACCAAGGGAUGAAAUGUGACACCUGCGACAUGAAUGUUCACAAGCAGUGUGUGAUCAACGUCCCCAGCCUCUGCGGAAUGGAUCACACAGAGAAGAGAGGGCGGAUUUACCUGAAGGCAGAGGUCACCGAUGAAAAGCUCCAUGUCACAGUACGAGAUGCAAAAAAUCUCAUCCCUAUGGAUCCCAAUGGGCUUUCCGAUCCUUAUGUGAAGCUGAAACUUAUUCCUGACCCCAAGAAUGAAAGCAAACAGAAAACCAAAACCAUCCGUUCCACACUGAACCCCCAGUGGAAUGAGUCCUUCACCUUCAAACUAAAACCUUCAGACAAAGACCGACGGCUGUCUGUAGAAAUCUGGGACUGGGAUCGGACAACAAGGAAUGACUUCAUGGGAUCCCUUUCCUUCGGAGUCUCGGAGCUAAUGAAGAUGCCGGCCAGUGGAUGGUACAAGUUGCUGAACCAGGAAGAAGGCGAGUACUACAACGUGCCCAUUCCAGAAGGGGACGAGGAAGGGAACGUGGAGCUCAGGCAGAAAUUCGAGAAAGCCAAGCUCGGCCCUGCGGGUAACAAGGUGAUCAGUCCUUCUGAAGACCGGAAACAACCUUCCAACAACCUUGACAGAGUGAAACUCACCGACUUCAAUUUCCUCAUGGUGCUGGGGAAGGGGAGUUUUGGGAAGGUGAUGCUUGCUGACAGGAAGGGAACAGAAGAACUGUACGCCAUCAAAAUCCUGAAGAAGGACGUGGUGAUUCAGGACGACGAUGUGGAGUGCACCAUGGUGGAGAAGCGGGUCCUGGCCCUGCUUGACAAGCCCCCGUUCCUGACGCAGCUGCACUCCUGCUUCCAGACCGUGGAUCGGCUGUACUUUGUCAUGGAGUAUGUCAACGGCGGGGACCUCAUGUACCACAUUCAGCAAGUAGGAAAGUUUAAGGAGCCACAAGCAGUAUUCUAUGCAGCAGAGAUUUCCAUUGGAUUGUUCUUUCUUCAUAAAAGAGGAAUCAUUUAUAGGGACCUGAAGUUAGAUAAUGUCAUGCUGGACUCAGAAGGACACAUCAAAAUCGCUGACUUUGGGAUGUGCAAAGAACACAUGAUGGACGGAGUCACGACCAGGACCUUCUGUGGGACUCCAGAUUACAUCGCCCCUGAGAUUAUCGCUUACCAGCCGUAUGGAAAGUCGGUGGACUGGUGGGCCUAUGGUGUGCUGCUGUACGAAAUGCUAGCUGGCCAGCCUCCAUUUGACGGUGAGGAUGAAGAUGAGCUGUUCCAGUCUAUAAUGGAGCACAACGUCUCCUAUCCCAAGUCCUUGUCCAAAGAGGCCGUCUCUAUCUGCAAAGGGCUGAUGACCAAGCACCCAGCCAAGCGGCUGGGCUGUGGGCCCGAGGGAGAGAGGGACGUGAGAGAACACGCCUUCUUCCGGAGGAUCGACUGGGAAAAGCUGGAGAACAGGGAGAUCCAGCCGCCCUUCAAGCCCAAAGUGACUUUCUGUACCAAAAUGCACUGGCUUCAGUGGGCAUCCAGGCCUUCGUGUGGCAAAGGAGCAGAAAACUUUGACAAGUUCUUCACACGAGGGCAACCUGUCUUAACACCACCAGAUCAGUUGGUCAUCGCUAACAUAGACCAGUCUGAUUUUGAAGGGUUCUCAUACGUCAACCCCCAGUUUGUGCACCCAAUCUUGCAGAGUGCGGUAUGAAACUCACCAAGAGAGCAAAUACCUCCCCAGCCCCCAGUCCUCCCAGCAGUGGGAAAUGAUCCUUAACCCUAAAAUUUUAAGGUCACGGCCUUGUGUCUUAUUCUACACAGAGGCCUGAAAAUUGUAGGGUCAUUAGUCCACAUGUGGUAAUUUUUCAGGGUCUCUCUUACAACCAAGAACAUUAUCUUAGUGGAAGAUGACAUAAUGUACAGUAUCCAGUUUAAUUAUGUAGAUGUCACAUCUGGCUGUAGGUUAACCCUUCCUAGAAAGCAAAGAGACUCUUACCCCUCUUUUGGUACGACUUGAUAUAUUCUCCAUACCCUCCAUCUGUGGAUUUUCAUCAUCAUGAUCCCCCAACCAGAGAUGUUAAAGUGAACUACUCAGCCCAAUGUAUUGGAAUAUCUCUUCCCAAUAUGUCUUUGGAAUAAAAGGAUGGGGAACCCAGAGAGUGAACAAAGAGGGCUCUGGGGUAGGAAAGGCUUCAAGAUACGCACCGCUUUUGUUCUCUGCCUUGAUAGAAACAGUCCCUAGAAUCUGAGAGGCCAGGAUGAACCUAAUCACUGUUUGCAAACAUCAUAAUCCAAUCAUAGUACAGCCGUUUUAAAAAAGACAACCUCAGAUGAGUGUUGGGUGAAUCCAUCAUCCAUUACCCCAGUUGGUUGAUAACUGUCUUGAUACUUGCAUUCUUUUUACGAGGCCAAAUCAUCUAAGGACUUUGCUAAACAAGCAUGUGAAAUCAUUUCAGAUCAUGGAUAAACCAGUUUGUAUGUAUGCUCAUUUUAAUCUCUGGGAGAUUAUUCUUCAAUCCAGGGUGCCAUCAGUAACCAUGCCACUACUCGUGAGUGUUGUUAGCCAACCCCCCUCCACCAAUAUUUUGCUACCUAUUUGUCACCCUUCCUAAGAAGCUGAAGUGUAUGCCCCAUCCCCUUUUGUACUUAUUUAUUUAAUAGGCUGCUGUAUCAUUUAUGAAAGUACGAUGUACAGUAACUUAAUCAAGUCUCAAUUCUAGCGUCAAUCCCUCCUGGUUGGUUUUCCUGCCUUCUCUAGCCCUAGACAUUCACUUAGGGAUGAAAACCAAUAUGGUUUGGGUUCCCAUUUCCUGUUGAACGACACACCUGGAGCUAUAGAAUCAGGAUACAUGGAUGCUUAUCAGCUCAAAGAUGUUUUCUUGCUAGAAGGUUUUUAAUGUUUUGCAAAUGCAUCAUGCAAUGGAUUUUGCAUGUUUAUAAUAAACCUUAAUAACAAGUGAAUCUAUAUUAUUGAUAUAAUCGUAUCAACUAUAAAGAGAGUAUUAUAAUAAUUUUAUAAGACACAAUUGUGCUAUAUUUGUGAAGGGUCAUGUUUCUAAUCUGCUAAUUUUAUGAUUAAGUUUAGCUAAAUUUUUCGAUGCUGUGCUUUCUCUUUCCCUCCCACCCCUGCACAUUGGCACUGUAUCAGAUAUAUUAAUUUUUUAAUAUAGAUCUAAUUUCAAAAAUGAAUGGUGAACUUUACAUAUUUAAUUAGGCUUUUACUAUGUAUGUGUAUAUAUUUAUAUAUAUAUAUAUAUAUAUAUAUUUGAUUCUACCUGCAAACCAAAUUUUCGUUUGUGGGAUUAUUUUUGAGAUGAGACUCUGUCUUAGCUUCCUAAUGUCAUCUUCUGUUCAGGUACUCCCACCACUCUUCCUCUUGGGGACAGUGCAAAAUGUUUGAAUCCAGGAUGUUUGCUAUGUUUUUGUACACGUGGCAUUGUGGCAUUGUCACAACACCUGGGCUGAUUGUGUGUGUGUGUGUGUGUGUGUAUGUGUGUGUCUCCUCCUCUCAGCCUGUGAUUGUUGGAGACUCUGGGCUAGAGGGAUGGGAGGCCUCCUUCUUGCUGCAUAUCUGGCCACAGCAAAGCUGCCCGCCUCAUUUGCUGACCCACUGUUGGCUCUAGCACAUGUAAACUUCAUGAGACAAAUCGUGUGACAGCCCUUGAGCACAGCUAUCCCCUGAAGCUACCAGAAGACACUUUUCAUAGGCUGCACAUUUACUUCCAGCUGUUGCUAGAAUUGGCUAUUCUCAUCUUGUGAGGGGCACCUCACUGGCUUGACACUCUCCUCAUGCAAGGUCCUCAGGAAAGCCAGCCUUUUGCAGCAUAAAAAGCAGGUCAUAUGGAAGUAGCUAUUGCUCUUUAUAGGAAGCUGCUGUAUUUCCUCCCCAAAGCAUUUCUCAGCUGAGCUCCCUUGUUUUCAUUCUCUGGCUGUUUGCCUGAAGUUCACACAACAUAUAACCACAUGUAACCACAGAGGGUCUUUGAGGUGAAAGGCCUGAGCUGUGCUGGAAACCCUGAUCCAAGGGAGAGAUGGAGUGGGAAGUGGGCCAGACCAGAAAAUAGCAGUUUCUUUUGCCAUCUUUUGUGAAUUGCAGACUUCAAAUCUCAAAAGCAUCCUAGCUCACUGAUCCCUGAAGUCUUGCUAGUCAGUGCACAUUCUGGGACCUCAAGGCACCACACUUGGUCCGCUGGAAAAGGAACUGGUUUAUAGAAAACCUAGGAGAAGCUAGGUGCAGUGUAAUCCCAGUGACUUGGGAAACUGAGGCAGAAGGAUCACAAGUUUGAGGUCAGCCUGAGCAACUUAGCAAGACCCUGUCUCAAAAAGAGCUGGGGAUGUGGCUCCAUGGUAGAGCACCCCUGCGUCCAAAAAGUUGGUGGAGGGAGCCUAGGAGACAAAAGAGCUAGUCCCCCUGCCCCAGGUAGAGCAGGAACAGGAUUGGUCCCCACCUGAGACAUGGAAAGGAACACCUAGGGUCAUGGACCAUCGACCCAGUGCACAAAGCAGCCUACUUAUUCUGAGCAAGCAACAAGCUAGAGCUUUCUAUCAUGUGAUUCCAAUAAUUCCUACUUCCCUAGGAAACAUUUUUCAAACUCUCAGUGGCUUGUGUUCUUAAAGAACAAGUGACCAUUUUCAAAGAGAAGACCCUGAGCAUGGGUCUGGCACACUGCCUAAGGGACAGCAGACUGGGGAAGGACCUGGGGGCAGAAAAUGAUAAAAAUGAGGACCGAAGCAGAGCUCACAGUGUGGUCUAUUUUAUACACGCUGAGUGCUGAAUCUAGAUAAAGGCUAAUGCUUCAAGAUCUGAGCAACCCAGGACAGUUAUUGCUGAAAGACUAACUCGUGGACAGCCACUAACAACUCUUAUGGACUCUUUAGGAAGAACCUGCCUCUGAGCAUUGGCUGGUUUUCCAGGGCCUGUAUAGGAGAAUAUUAGCAGAAACCAUUUCUCCUUAGGACCAUCAUGCUGGGACCCCAAAAGGCCAUUCAGAUUGCUUUGCUUCCUCUUCCCUUGGAAGGUGGCUUCUCAGUGGCAGAACUUGCCUGCAGCUGCAGCCCUGUGAGCACCAUGUCUGAACUCACCCAGCACUUGACUUGAAUGGAAGGAGCUAGACUGCUCUGUCAGGUGCGGCCCUCAGGGGCUAACGGGAGGCCCACUUCCAAGCAGAACUAAUUCAGAACUAAUUCCAGGAGCCCAAACGCUUCUUCCUCACCACAUCCCCACCUCCUUUACCCCCGUGGCCUUGUGGCCUCGUUUGAGCUAGGCAGACUCACUGCCUCCUUUAUUUUAUGGGAUGCAUUAGGCUUUUCUGUUAGGAUUUUUGGUGGACAAGCAGGUGCGAGAGAGCUCUCUGGAAGCUUGGCCUGAGAUGGUUGGUUGAAAGAUCAUCACAGACGAAGAUAAAUACAACCUAGCCAAGGCCAGUCAGUCACCUCAGAGCUAGAGUCCUUAGCUGAGUACGGUGACUUACUGGAAUGAGGGUGCUGACCCCAAGAAAGCCACCCUCUGACUUGGCCUGCAGAGAACAGAGAGGUCACUGGAGGUUGGAGUCGGCAAGGGUUUGGGGAAGAGCUGGGUCUGAGCGCCUCAGGAAG